AUGGAGCGUGAGCUUUGGGGCUUCUUCGACGGAUCCGGAGUGAAGCCUUCAAGCGCCUUGACAACGGAGCAUGGAGCAUGGGUGAAGAAGGACAAGAAGGCGUUCUCGAUUCUCGUGUCGAAGCUCAGACUUCAACUCGUGCCGGUGAUGAGCUCGUGCAUCGACCUUGAAGGAGCUACACGUGAAGCUUGGAGGCGCCUCGAGAACAUCCACGGGACAAAGUCUCUCUACGGCAAGUUGCAAGCAAGGAGGAACUUCUUCACCAUGCGCAUCAAGGAGGGCGAACGCAUGCGCACGUACGUCAACCGCAUUAAGGAGCUUGGCGAACGAAUGGUGGAGCUUGAAGCGGACAUGGACGGAAAGGAUUGGAUCAUGACGCUUCUCGGAGGGCUCCGAGAGGAAUGGUCAACCGUCAUCACCACCCUUGACGGCACGCAAGCGACAUGGACCAAGGAGGGGGUGACGACGCGCCUCAUCAACGAGGAGAUGCGGUGGAUCGACUUGAAAGGCGAUUCAACGAGUUCGGCUCACUUCACGCGCGGGGUGAAGAAAGGCGUUGUCUACACCAAGGCACGGAAUGACUGUGGGCAUGUUAGUGGAAGCGCGGGCUCUUCACGUGGAGGACACGCCAACAACAACAACAACUGUGGUCAUGCUCAUGAAGGAGCAUGCCGGUAUUGCAAGAAGGUCGGGCAUUGGUGGCGCGAGUGUCGGAGCAAGCCAAGGGUUUGGACUCCAACGUCGCCAACUCAAGAGGAACGGAGCGCGAACGUGGUGACAUCGGGAGAAGACACCAAGGAGCUCGUGUUCAUCACGGGAGAAGGAGCUCUUGGCGGGCUCGCUUGGCUUCUCAACAUGGGUGCUACACAACACAUGACGCUACAUGCGGAGCUUCUUGAGGAUGUCAUGGCGAAUGCUCCUACCAAGCGCGUGGUCUUCGGUAAUCAAGACUCACUUGAAUUGAAUGGACGCGGAACAUUGCGCCUCGCGGUGGACGACGGUCCAAUGACGAUCAACAACGUGUUGGUUGUACCAGGACUCGGUGGUAACUUGCUCUCCAUGUCACAACUCACCACCAAGGGAAUGCGUGUCAACAUCAAAGGCGCGGUCAUGACAUUGUGCACGUCUUCCGGGCGCUUCAUCGGCAAAGCGCAUCAAGACGGGGGUCUCUUCAAGCUUGCAGCUACACCGAAUCUUGUGUCGGUGCACGCGGCGGUGGCGAAGCCUUCAUUGGAGACGUGGCACAACCGCUACGGGCACUUGAGCACGUCAACCAUCCGCAUCAAGGCAACUCAAGGCGUGGUACAUGGGAUCGUCACCGACUUGUCAACGAACAAGCAGGUGGAGAAGCACUCGGCGUGUCUUGAAGGGAAGGGGAGCACGAUACAUUUUCACCCUCUUCGAGGACGCUACACGAAAGGUGUGGGUCUACCUUCUCAACAACAAGAGCACGACUUCUACGACAAUCAAGAAAUGGGUGGCGCUUGUUGA